ACUUGGAAGUCAGAUAUCUCGGCGCACGUUCCUUGUUGAAUGGUGGGAGAGGAGAGGUAAGGUUACAACAACCAGAGCUUCAAACAAAAGACAAAACCUUAGUAUUUCCCCUCAAUUUGGGACUCUUUAACCUUUCUAUCAAUUCUUCUUUCUAUUGUACAUUCAAUUGUUCAAUACUAAGUUAAAACAUUCAUUGCUAUAGAAUUAUUUAUUAAAAUCAAUCUCAAUCAAUUAAUCGUUUUAAGUUUCCCUGCCCAAAUACCCAAAUACCCAAAGUACCACUUGACAUACGGAUCCAAGGUCCUCUCAUAAUCCCUUGGUUUCAUCAAUAAAGCGGGCUGAUCUGCAUUCGAUUGAUAUUUACCAAGCUUAGCACCUGUUGCACUUUCAUCAUCUAACACAACCAACACGAAUAAAAUCUCCACCUAAUCUUUGCCCGAGAUCCUAACAACUUUUGCCCCGAUUCUCCAACCUCUCCAACUUCUCCGACUUCCAAUUCUCCAUCCUCUUUCCCCUCUUACUCCUCAUCUCCAUCUCCAUCUCCAUCUCCAUCUCCCUACGAAUAUACCCCCCAUCGAUAAUGGCAUUCCGACAGAGACUCGCGAAACCUUUGUUAUACACAAUAGGAGCUACAACAGUUGGUGGUGGCGUCCUCUAUUACACAUACCGACCACGAAAUAUUCCGGGUUUCGAUUCUGCCGUCGUUCCUCCUUUUGGCGCAGAUGGUCAUUUUCGUCCUCCUCGUUUCCCAGGGAUCAAAUCGAGAGCAGAACAAAUCGCAGAUUUAAAAAGAAGUGGAGGUUCUCAAGGUGCCUCAGCGAAUACGACUCCGCAAAAUGAGGAUGAUGUAUAUGAUUUGUUGGUCAUUGGUGCUGGAGCGACAGGAGCAGGUGUAGCUCUUGAUGCUGCUACCAGAGGAUUAAAGGUUGCCGUGGUCGAAAGAGAUGAUUUUAGCAGUGGAACAAGUAGUAAGAGUACAAAAUUGGUUCAUGGUGGUGUACGAUAUUUGGAAAAGGCGGUUUGGGAACUGGAUUAUAAUCAAUAUGCCUUGGUGAAGGAGGCAUUGAGGGAACGAAAAUAUUUCUUGGACACGGCACCGCAUUUAUCGAGUUGGUUACCUAUUAUGCUGCCUUUGGAUAAAUGGUGGAAAGCUCCUUAUUAUUGGGCAGGUACGAAAGCAUAUGAUUUCUUGGCUGGUUCCGAGGGUAUCGAAACUUCGUACUUCUUAACUAGGAGUAAGGCUUUGGAUGCUUUCCCUAUGUUGAAGAAGGAUAAUUUGGUGGGUGCUUUGGUUUAUUAUGAUGGUGCUCAUAACGAUUCGAGAAUGAACGUUUCUUUGGCCAUGACUGCUGCAUUAUAUGGAGGUACCGUGGUUAACCAUCUCGAGGUUACUGGGUUGGAAAAGGAUGCUAAUGGUAAAUUAUGCGGUGCAACGGUCAGGGAUUUGAUAGACGAAAAGGACGGGAAGACAUCAAAGGAAUUCAAAAUCAGAGCAAAAGGCGUAAUCAACGCUACCGGACCAUUCUGCGAUUCCAUUAGAAAGAUGGACGAUGAGGGAGUCAAGGAAAUUGUUGCACCAAGUUCUGGUGUUCACGUUAUUCUUCCUGGUUAUUACAGUCCUCAAAAGAUGGGUCUCAUUGAUCCUAAAACUUCUGAUGGCAGAGUUAUUUUCUUCCUUCCAUGGCAAGGAAAUACAAUUGCUGGUACCACCGAUUCUCCUACCAAAAUUUCAUACAACCCAGUCGCAAGCGAAGAAGAAAUUGAUUGGAUUCUUUCGGAAAUUCGUCGCUACCUCGCUCCAGAUAUCAAUGUUCGUCGAGGUGAUGUUUUAGCAGCUUGGUCUGGAAUUCGUCCUUUGGUUAAAGAUCCAAAUGCAAAGAAUACCGAAUCCCUCGUGCGCAACCAUCUCAUCAAUAUUUCACCUUCUGGCCUUCUCACUUGUGCAGGUGGUAAAUGGACUACUUAUCGUCAAAUGGCUGAGGAAUGUGUUGAUGAAGCUAUCUCGGAAUUCAAACUUCAACCUAAACCAGUAAGAAACGCACCAGAUGUUUCUGGUACACAACUGCAUGAUGAUGGAGCACAUCUAAAUGGAACAUGUCAAACUCAUCAAGUCAAACUUGUUGGUGCACACGGUUUCUCCAAAACUCUCUUUAUUAACCUCAUUCAACAUUUUGGUCUCGAAACAGAUGUCGCCAAACACCUUACUGAGAAUUACGGCGACAGAGCUUGGACAGUAGCAUCUCUCAGUUCUCCAACUGAACAAAGAUUCCCUGUUAGAGGACAGAAAAUUUCUCCUCUUUAUCCAUUUGUGGAUGGUGAGAUUAGAUAUGCAGUUAGACAUGAAUAUGCUCAAACUGCUGUAGAUGUUUUGGCUAGAAGAACUAGAUUGGCAUUUUUGAAUGCUCAGGCUGCCUUGGAAGCGGCUCCUAAGGUUAUUGAUAUUAUGGCUGGAGAGUUGGGCUGGAGUAGUAAGAGGAAGGAGACUGAAUGGACAGAUAGUAGGUUUUCCUAUUAUUUUUAAUUAUCCCGCACCUUUCACCCCCAAUUUUCUAUUCAUCUUUCACGGUUCCUCUUUCUCUUACAGUACCAUCAUAAACUCAUACUAACAUAACAUCUUUACAGCCGUCAAAUUCCUCGAAUCAAUGGGUCUACCAAAAUCCAAAUUAUCAGCAACGAGAAAACAGGUCGAGAGUGGAACAUUAAAUUUUAAGGAUUCAGUCGAAUAUAAAAUGUAUAGUAGAAAUGAUCAACCUGGUGAUGAAUUGGAGAGUGAUCUUAGAUUUGGAAAUAAGGGGGGUUUGAAGCCUGGUAGUCCAGCGGAGAAAUAAAGGGGGGAAUGAAUUUGAAGAAGAGGGAUGUGGUCGAGUGAUAAUGGUGGUAAGGGGAAAUAAAUUUGGGGAGAGAGGCAAAAGACUAGAGGAGAGAGGGAGGUCAUCGUAUCCAAUAUGAUGGACGGGACCGUUGAAUUGUCGUUGGGGAAGUGACAUGAUGGAUUGGAGGUUGGAUUUUGGAGAUGAUACUAAGAGGUCAAAAUGAAUGAAUGGAUGCAUAUAUGGGUUUGCGAUGGUUCAUUCAUUACUUGUUGGCUCAACGGCGACUGAAUGAUGGGACCAAAUUCAUCGUCAUGGGUUGAUUGGGUUGGAUAGAUAAGAUAGGACUAUAAAAAAUAAAGGAGAGAGAAAAGUAAAGAGAGGAGAGAAGAGAAGAUAGAGGAAAAUUAAUAUAUUCAUACUCACUCUGACUGUAUAUCAAGAUCGAUUUAAGUCCCCUGCUUUAUAUUCAGGUUG